CUGUUCGGGUCAGCCUUUAGCGCCGUCAGCUGUGUUACUCGCUGAGCAGGAAGAUCUUCGAAUAUUUGUUCAAUAUGUGAUCAUCUGAAAUAAGCCAUGGCUAGUCGUAGUGUUCCUAGACAGCUGACCAGGAUGCCGGAGGUCGACUACCUCCUCUUGGUGGCGAACGACCGCUUCCUAAGCGCGGUUUUCGCGUCCCUGAUCGUGGUGACAGUCGCCAUGGUGGUCCUUCUCGGCAAACUGACCGGAUUCAUCGUGUUGAGCACCUUCAUAGCCAGCGGCAUCUACGUCCUCGACGCUCGCAAGAGACAGUACCAAUUUGCUUCGCUGUGGCCUCGGAUCCUCCCUCGGCAGAAGACGGCUCGCUUCGAAUGCAGACGGUGCAAAGCUCCUGACUGCGAGAUACAUACGAAGCUGUACAGCAUCUGUCCUUGGCGAGAAUUGAUGAUCUCUCAAGAAGUUGAUUCGGCGAUUGAGGAUAUUCUCAACAAAGUUCUCCAAGAAUACGUUUAUCCCUGGUACGCGAUGCUCAGCAACGAUGAGGUGUUCAUCCAAGAGUUGCGGGUGAUCCUGCGUCACGUGAUCGCUGCGCUCAUCAAACGCGUCGAACGCGUCAACCUCGCCCAGCUGAUAACGGGCAAAGUCAUCCACAUCAUAGCACAACAUCUCGACAUAUACGUACGCGCUCGUAGACUCUAUCCGGACGAAAAAGAUAUCGAGAAGCUCAUAUUGAGCUGUUACGGCAGAAGUAUGCAUGUCGUACUGAAGAAUCGCCAGACCGAACAGCAAUACCUUCGGAAGGUCACCGAGAAGAUGCUGAUCAACCUCAUACCGGGGAAAUACUGUCAUUCACCGAGUGCGUUUAGCUUAAUCCGCGAGAUCCUGUGCGGCUCCGUGUUCUUGAAUGGCAUGGAUGCGAUUGCAGAUCCAGAUAUCAUCAAUUUGCUGCUGCUGAUAUUCUUCGACAAGACUCCUAUGCAAACGUUUCCCAAAUCGAAAAAGUCUGUCGAGUUGUUGAGUCAUUUUGUGAAUCAAAACGCACCCUUGGUGCGUCCACCCGCGGUCGCAGACCUCGAUCUGCAAACGCUACUCAAGACUAAGGAGCUGUAUUCGGGUUUCGCGCACUAUCUUAAAGACGAAGGCUGUCAACACCUGCUCUGGUUCUACCAGGAACUGGAGACAUUCAACUCAAAACUGCUCCCUCCGGACAUAAACGCCACUCAGAUCGAGCAUCUGCAUCAGCUGGCAGCCGGGAUUUAUCAUCGCUUCAUUUCGGAUGAAGCCAUGGAUCGAGUGUCGAUGGAACCGGAGAAGGCGGCGGAGCUGCUCGCAAUCCUCCACCAGCCGAAAGAGAACAUUCUCAAGCUCCGCACAUCGACCGUGUUGUAUGAAGCGUACGAAGAGGUUUAUCAUUUGUUAGAUAAGGUGUUGGUACCUCAGUUCCUCCAGAGUGAGCGUUACUUCGCAAUUGUGUGCAAAGAGCGCGAGUCCAACGUUAGCAACCACUACACGGUGGAAAAUCCGAAGAUUCCCCCGCAGGCAGUUCAGCCCAAUGCACGUGCUACCAGGGUAGGGAACGCCACUUUCUGGGCGACGGUGACCGGAGUCGAGAACGCUGAUUUCGACGACGACCUCACGCAAUUCGAACAGGCGGCGUUCAGUAUGCACGACGAUCCCCGUCUGAAGGAUCUGAGCGCCUGGCGGGUUUCGAUCCCCAGAAUAGGGGGCUCCGAAGAUCGCGAGGGAUGCUAUUUCAUCAUAGACGUGCAACGUAUAGACGUGAAAGAAGACCAGAAACCUGAAGAUCUCCAUUGGGUAGUUGGAAGGAAAUACAACGAAUUUUACUGCUUGGAGGCCAAACUUGAAGAGUUCCACGGAGAACUGCCGAUCCAGCCGCUGCCGGCCAAGCGUUCGUUCGGUACUCGGAAGAGAAAAGUUCUCCAAGAGUAUGUGUCCACGUUCGAGAGGUAUAUCCAGGAACUGCUCACAGUUCCUUCCUUGAGGGGAAGCCAACUCGUGUACAGUUUCCUCAAGGUAAACAACGAGUUCACAGGCAGCUUCCUGUCCGACGUUAGGUUAGGGAAAAUCAUUCGAAAUGUGCCACGGAAGCUCGUGAGGGAGAAAGGCCAACACCUCGAAGAGUUUCUUCAGACUUUCCUCGCCUCUACGGAAACCCAGAAGCCAAAACCCGGCACGGCGUCGAAGGAGGGCACACCCACGAAACAGCCCGACCUUCUGAAGAGCUCAAUGUUCGGAGAUAACGCGAAUAACUAUUCCUUCUGUGCGUUGAAAAUCGGGCCUCCUGAAAUACCGGCCGUGCAGUGGCCAAUAUUCGAUUAUGUGAUCUACUUGACGAAGAGCGUCUUCUGUACAGAGGCAUGGGUGACGACCUUCUUGAAAGCGUUAGCGCCGCUGCUGCGCAACACAGUCCAGGAUGCGGUCGAGAGUCUGCUGGACGACGUCCUCAUGAAUAAGGCUCUCGUUCCGAAGAGAUUGGCUCUGAUAGUCAAUCUGCUCAAGGAAGCGGUUUUCGAAGACGGACCCCGCAAUGUCACUGCAGAAAUUCGCAAAAAGCGAUCGGACGAGGUAGUCCUUUCACCGGAGGCGUUGCGGUUGGACGCGGGAUUUCAAUUAGACGCGAAAUCACAGCAAUGACCGCAUCGCGUACUUAAGGAAAUGAAAGAAUUUCUACCGUCACUACUCGUUUCUAUUCUGACGAAGAAGUGCAACGACCGGGGAGCGGAUAUCAUCCACGAUAUCAUCCAGCAUCCGCUUCUCAAUAAGCAGUUGUCGUACGUCCUCUUCGACGCUGUAUUAUUCGAAUUGUUCCCGGAGUUCGAGUGAUUGAGACUAUGCAUAUUCCCAAUGUUGUUCCAACCGAGUUUGUAAAGAGGGAGACACCACGGGUCUCCGGAUGUGUGAGGAACUCGUGAGAAUUCCCAGAGACCUUCGAAACUGUUUCUUCCGGAGUCUCGUCGGCCCGCAUGCCGUGCCGACCAGAGACUAGACAGCGGGUGUGGCAUGAUUUACGUUGUAAACUCUGGGGAGGUUUUCGCCUCCUUCGUUCUUUCCGUCGAUAGGGGGAAACUCCUUGAAAACCAGAUGAAAUAUGUGAUCUACUUGUAGAUAGAAUUUCUUUCAUCAUUUUCCGCGUAAUCGGAGGAAUAUGGCUGCGGGGAGUGAUGGAGGAGAAGGAUGAGAAGAAGGAAAGUGAGGGACGAGAGGGAGAAGCCGAUCGAGAGGAGAAUGAUGAUAAUAAUAUAUAAAUACCUUGCGAAGUAUUUUAUUGAAAAU